AGGAAGAGGACAAUUGAGAGGAGGACAUAGAAUGAGAGGUCAGCUACGCAAUGUCAUAACUGAUGAUAUUAGGGCAACAUUGGUGGACCAUGUGGUUAACCAUGGUUUGACAAUGAGAGAGGCUGGGCUGAGGGUACACCCGAACCUCAGCCGGUUCACAGUGGCCUCUGUCAUCCGGACAUUCCGACUGGAAAACAGAAUGACCAGAAGACCAAGUAGAGGUGGGCGCCAACGGCUCUUCAGUCCUCAACAGGAGACUGAAGUAGUCAAUAUUGUGAGGGCCAACAAUGCCAUCCGUCUCCACCAGAUAAGACACAAGAUUCUAGCUGACCAAGGAACGUUUCACAAUGUAAAUCAAGUCAGUGUUUCUACAAUCCAACGCAUCUUGGUGAAGCACUAUGUUUCAAUGAAACAGUUAUACAGAGUCCCAUUCGAAAGGAAUGAGGACAGGGUGAAGGAACUUCGCCAUGCAUAUGUACAGGUAAAUAUUUUUUUCUCCGCCUGGAGAUGGCGCGUGUAUGACCGUCAGCCACACGCCCGUCAGCCUCUUCUGCAGGCAAUGGAACAGGCCUGCGGUGACAUUGAUGUACAAUCAAUUCAGGCAUGGAUAAGGCACUCCAGAGCCUAUUUCCCCCGAUGCUUGGCAAGGGAGGAUAUUGCCUGCGAUGUAGAUGAGGUUAUGUGGCCAGACCCAAACAGAAGGCAGAAUCCCUAACUAUUUUGUAAUGCUUCUGUAAUGUAGGCCUGCUAUGGUUUUGUUUUUGGAGUGAUUUUUUGUUGUGAAGUAGGCCUGCACUUGUUGUAUUUCAUCAUGAUUUUUAUUUUGUUUUAGUUGUUUUUACAGACUUGUGGAGUCUACGUAUUUCAGUUUUUUUUGUUACGUAAGUGCCUAUUUGCUUCGUGGAAUUGAAUAAAACACUGAACCUGAAAGAGUGUAUUGUCUUGUGUAAAGUA